UUGCUUAUCACAGGAUUUGGUUUGUGCCAGACUUUUUUACGUACGUUCCUGUUUUGAUUUGUUUUAUAAGCUGGCUGAAUUAUGCUAUUAAAACAUGUUCUGUAUAAUGUUUUGAGAAAACCCCUCGAAAUUGAUCGAAAUACGUAUACACUUACGUAGUCGCGAACAUUUACAUUUAAGCCGAUAAGGAAGUAAUAGGAUAUCAAAUAACAGUUUUUCCUCUAUAAUACAGAUAUGGCGGCGAGUACAAAGGACUCUGAUCAGGUGUUUGACACCCAUUGCACCCCAUGUUCAAGGAAUGGAUUUUUUAAAGAAGCUACGAAAUUCUGUCAAGACUGUGUGUCAAAUAUUUGCGUUCAGUGUGUAAAAGAUCACAGUAAAUUUCCAUCUUUACAUUCGCACCGCAUUGUAGAUAAGGCAGUGGCCAGAAAUACGCAUUGGAGAAGACAAGAACUGUUAACUGAACGUUGUAGCAUACAUCACGGACGGAUUAUAGACAGAUACUGUGAGGACCAUGAUGAAGUUUGCUGUGGGGCAUGUGUUGUUUUCGAUCACAGGUUAUGUGAAAAUCUAAACGAAAUAAAAGAAUCUUCAACGAGUAUUGACGUCCAAGAACACGAACAUGUAAGAGAAGGCUUGGACCAAGUCAUUUCAAAAAUCAUAUUGGAACAAGAUAAAAGGAGCUACUACAUAUCGAGCAUCGACAAUGAGAAAAAUACUAUCCUAAAUGACAUUGACAAUUUUCAGGAUGCUAUGAUCAAGAGAAUAAAGGAGCUAACAAAAGCCUCCAGAGAGGAAGUUCUAUCCAAACAUACAAAACUUGUGAAUGCUGUACAGCCGGAUGUCAAGGAAUUGGAAACUAUUUUGUCGCUAGUUGAAGGAAAGUCACAAAAAAUAAACACCAGAGAUCUGAAUGUUAAGACAUUUGUAAAUAUAAAGAAAAGUAAAAAGGUAGUUAAGGAUGUGUCUGCAACAGUAGAUAAGCUGUCCACUAAUUGGCAACAAAGUGUACUUGAUUACUGUUUCAAACUUGAACCCUUUCGAAAUGUGAUAGAACUGAAAUCGUUUGGUCAUUUUGAAGACAACGUUAACAAACCGUUCACAGCUAAAAAACAUGAGAUGGUUAAUGUUAAAAUGAAACAGGAAGAAAAAUGUCUCAUCAGCGGUAUCUGUUUUUUGGAAGCUGACAUGGUCGCAAUCACUGACGAAAGAAAUAAAAAACUGAAAAGGCUGAAUGGAAACUAUGAGGUAACGGAUUCCUUAGUGCUAGCUGGAUCCCCUUCGUCUUUGUGCAAAACUGGGCCCCAGGAAGUAGCAGUGGCACUUCGAAAUGAGGGGAAGGUCCAGUUUGUUACCUGUGAUAAUACGUUAACGCUGGGAACAUCAUUUAAGACAGAACAGAGGUGUGCAGGACUUUACUUUGACACAAACCAUGAUGAACUCUUUGUUUCUUGUGAUAGCUGGGGACUUGUGAAUCGCUCGAAGAUUCGCGUAUAUAAGAAAUGUGGUACCCUGUGCAAGACCAUUGAAACCGAGGAAGUUGGAAAUAGUCCUUCUGAAAAGAGUCUAUUCUCAUAUCCAAAACAUAUCACCGUAUCACCAGUUACAGGGAUGAUAUAUAUUGCAGAUGAAAGCAAAGGACUUAUUGCUUUAAACAGGAAUGGCAAGAGAGAAUGGACAUUUCAUGAUCCGAAACUAAAAGAUUUAUGUGGUGUUUGUCUACUACCAGGGAAUCAGUUGCUGGUGACUGGUAAGUCUUCGAACAACUUAGUACAAGUAGGGAAUGACGGACAAGAAGUCUGUGAGCUCCUCGAUGCGACAAAAGGAUUGGAAAGACCUUAUACGGUGGUUUGUGAUAAAAGGAAUGCUAGGUUGAUGGUAGGGUGUUCUUCGAAUGAGAUAUGUGUCUAUGCACUACAUAGAGAGUAAAUACCUUAUGUUUAGGAACCAGUAUCUAGCCAACCCAUUUUGCUUUAAAUGAGGUCAUAUCGCCUCUUUACUUGUUUUUACGUCACGGUGCAUACUAAAAUAUUUCUAGAACCGACUACAAUAUUUGCACCGCAAUAUCAAAUUGAAUUUUAAUAUGUUGUCUGCCAAGGUACUUCGGACAACAUAGCAUAUGUAUUUAACUAAACGUGUUCAAUAUGAAAUUUAUACUUAGAGAAACUUUAAACGCCCCUUGAUAUAGGCAGUCGAACUAAAAUACGAACCUCAAUUAAGCACUACCUAUUUUAGAUAUAUGUGUAGUUAACUGCAUUAAAGUUCAAAUCUGAAAAAAAAGUAGCAUUUUCUGGAAAAGAGGUAUUUGAGCCGAAAAAUUAUCCGUGGUAAAAUAUUUGGAGAAAAUUGCGACAACUCCCCUAAAACUUUAUUGUCGGCUUAGGUUACUAGGUAUCUAUUAUCUCCUGCAAAUCAUGCACGUUUCACACCCAACUUCCACUGUCUAGUGAUCUACUUUCUCUCCUGGACACCAUUCUGAUAAUACUGGUAUAAUACAAUUAUGCUACAGGUUGACACAUGUCCAAUUUAGGCCAUCCCUGAAUUAAGGUAUCUUUACAGCUUCAUCUGAAAACUUGGUUAGACAAUCUCUUUUCAGUAUAGUUUUAAAAACAGAGAAAAGUAAGUAUCUUACAUUGUAUAAACAAAUUGUUGUCUUAAUACAUCAAAUACUGUGAGUACAGCCACUGAUUAUACACCGAAAAAAAACCUGAAAAGGAAAAUUUGAAAUUUUAAGAUACCAUCUCUAAGUAUAGCAAUAUAACGAUCUUACCCAGUAUAAAACAACUUUUCGUACAAAUGAUAACAAUCAUAGAAAUACAAAAGAAUGCAUUUAUUGUGUGACGCGUUUAAAGGCACUGACCUCCAGAUCGUUCGACAACAAAACAAAACACCUUUUUUAGAUAUCUGAAAAUAAAUGCUGUAUUUCUUAAGAAUGCUUUGAAACUUAAUUACUGAGAGACUAUAUGUUACCGAAACACAUGUGAAUUACUUGUUUUUACUACUUUUUACUAUAAAUAUUGAAAAGCUUUUGUAACGCUUUACUCGAGGUAAACUGCCUCGAUUAUGAAUACAUGUAUUUAUAUUUAACGCGCAUUGAACACUUAAUCCUUUAUAGCGUUAUUGGUAACGACAGCGGAUAACUUUUUUAUUGCCGCGGCGGUCCCGGUUCGAUUCCCGACGCGGUCAUCUUUUUUUUCUUGAGUUGGCGUUUUAAAAAUAGUUUAAAAAAAUAAAAACUCACAUUCUAAUGUUCGUAAUAUGACCAAACUUCAAUUUGAAAGAAAAAUCCUUUUUUUAGCCAAAAUCUGGAGGUCAGUGUCUUUAACGUCGCGCCACGAAAUAACUGGUGAUAGUGAAAUAUUAGACCAAGACAAUGUGUUUAAUGUCUUUACAUUUUAUUGUAGCAAUACGCACCAUUAUCAGUGUAUAUAGUUAAAUUUUGAUCACACUUUGUUACUACAGUGUGUAAGAUACUUAUUAUCUAUUUUUUAAUUAUGCUGAAAAGAGAUUGAUUGAAUAAGUUUGCAGACACAUUUAUCCAAGAAGGGCCUAAACUGUCCACCUGACAACUUGUAGUAUAGUUGUGUAUUACCUGUAUUAUCAGAAAAAUAGGUCACUAGGUUGUGGUGGGUCUUUAAACUAUAGACCCAUCACAACCCAGUGACCUACUUUUUCCUCCUACAUUAACUUCGUGAAAAUCAUUCUGAUAAUGCCGGUAUAAUACAGCUAUACUACAAGAUGACAAAUGGCCAAUUUAGGUCAUCAUUGAAUAACUUCAUCCGCGAAAUUAUUCUGUCAAUCUCUUGAGAUGGUACCUACACGGGGGAGGAAGUGUUACAUGAAGGACGGAGUUCUUCUGAUAACCUGUCAUGUUUUCUUUUGAUAAUUGUUACAGAGUUCCUGGAAAACGUUACAGGGUUCUUUUGAUAUCUGUAUGACAAAACAAGGAAUCGGUCGACAAAAUGGUAAUUAUUUAUCUUGAAAAAGAGAGAAUGGGGUGUAAAACUAAAGUUUGAUGAUCAAGGUUGCCUAAUGUUUUGUGUUAUGCGUCAGAAAAAAAACUGUUUAGUCUAAUAAUCAGCGCCACUUCUUUGAAAUCAAGACAUUUUGUAAAAUAUCGAAAUCGUUUUCUUAUCCAUACAUAUUAAUCUACUCAUUCACGUUUUUCAUCCUCAUCACACGCAAUAGCCUAAUUUUAGUGCAAAGUUGCAAACAUAAACCACUAUUUAACAGUUUUAUGCCCGAUUUUUCAAAUGUUACGGAGUUCCGGUGAUAACUCUGAAGAUGUCACAGAGUUCUUAUGAUAACUUUUGUGACCUACCCAAGAGGAUUUAAAGGUAUACUAAUUAGACCCAAAUGUCAUGUUUGAAAAUAUGUGCAAUUUCUGCAUAUUAGUUUAUAUGAACAUAAAAUUACCAUGUUUUCAUAACUUUAUCAUGACAUCACUGAACAUUAGGGGUUCUAACUGACCAAUCAGAGAGCUGCAUUUUCGAGUACCUGCCAGUUUCCACUUUGGUAUAACGAAGUAUAUUUACAAUGAAUAUAUAGUGACUUUAGAAAUAAAUAUCACACUAUUUAAGAAAUCAAACUGAGAUUUUUCACUGCAUAUGCUCCAGAUGAUGCUACAAACAACAAAACUUUGAAGUUUCACUGAAAUAUUAUAUGGAUUUAAAUUUUUUUGUUUAGUUUAAAAUUUGAGAUUUUACACAGGGAGUCUAUGAUAAAGUCCGAGUAAAAUGAAAUCAUCACCCAAGUGAAAUUAGUAUCAUUCUGCAAUGUUUUGGACAUGUUAAAAUUAUGUGCUUUUUACAGAGAGCUAUUUCCUUAGCAAAGGGAGACAAUUUUCGCACAAAGACGUAGGGCAAAAAGACAUGACCGCAGAAUAUAAAUUACGUUGGAGUUAUAUAUUGCAUUUCAAUCUAUUGGAUCAAUAAUUAGUUUGUUUAAUAGUAAAUAUCCACCGCAAGACAAAGAAAAAUAUAUGUAGAUCUUUGCAAACCCACAGAUGAUAUACUUUAACUAAUGCGCAUUAUCAUUGAUGAUUUUGGAUUAAUAAACUAUUUUUCAGCAAUUUUGAUCUCGACAAAUUUAGGUUAAGGAAAGUGAAAUAAAGUGAUAAUAAAGUUUUUGUUUUAUUUCCUAACAUGAUCUCACAGAACUUACCACCUGUCGCAAUUAGCUUACAUAAUACUUGUAAUAUAAUUAAAAGUCUUAGUUUUAAAUAAAAUGUUCAAUUAACAAGGUUCAGCCUUUGAUUUUGUAUCCAAUUAUACACAAAUGGGGAUCAAUUCAUUCCGUAUUCAAAAAAAUAAUAAUCAUCUUAAAAUUGUUAUUUUUUUAUUUCUAUCUAUUCUUUGAAUUGGAAAGUUUUUAUUUGGCAAUAUCAAAGUGGUUCGGAUGGUGAAUGCAGCGGGGGGGGGGGGGGGGUAGCGGGGAGAGGUGUUCUAUUUACAUUCUUUAUCUGUUGUCAAACGAUGUUCCUAUUCUUUGCGGAAUUCAAGUUUAUCAUAAUUUUCGUAAUGACUUCUGCGCACGAUACAUUUUCGAUAUGAAAAUGAUCCAGCAAAAACAUAAGAGAUAAAAAAAAAUAGAAAUUAAUUUUAGGUAUUUUCCUUCAGUAGGUAGUUAUAGUCCUUGAUUUGAUUCAUAUCUUACGAAUUUAGAUUUUUUUUAUAACUACACUUUCAUCGUUUUAAAAGGAAAUGUCCAUUUAAGUUCCAGAGUAUAUUCUUAUAGAUUUUAAAAUACUAGAUAUCACGUGAAACGUUUAUUUUUGAUUCUCAAAUCAGGUUCGCCUCCGAGUGCGUUCUUAUUAUGGCAUUGAUGACCGAAGGCAUUAAAGUAUGUCACAUCAAAGCAGAAUGGAUUUAACAUCAUAUUCCAAUUGAGGAGAGUUGUCUUUUAAAAGCUAUAAAUCAGCUAAAAUCUAAUCAAAGUAGUGGUCCUGAUAAAUAUUUAAAUGAGUUUUUUCAUUCAUGGAAAAAAAUAUUUUAUCACCUUUUUUGUUGUCACUUUUUAACAUUUUUUUUUGAUACAGGAUUUUUUCCUGAAUUUAUUAUUCCAUUACACAAGGAAGGAACUAUCAGUGAUGAAACAGACUGACCCGGUUUAUAGGUUGGUCAGGGCUACGGAUAUGCGAUAUUUAUUGUAUUUUGUCAUUAUUUUUGAGCAUGGAUCCCCUUCAGUUUGGAACCGUCCAUGUUUACAAACACGUUUGUUUAUUUUAUGAAGAGUAAGUGUUUUAGGUAAAUUGUUUACUCGUAUCUUAAAGUUCAGUUUAUUAGGCAAAUUGGCAAAAAAUAUUGCCUUUGGCCAUCUAACAAAGUGUAGAGAAACAGGGAACCAGAUUACAUGGGACUGUACGGAAAAAAUACAGGGUUUUUUUUUGUACGCACGUGCAUCCAAUACGGUAAUAUAUUGUACGGUCACAAAAAAUACUCACAUGUUGCAAAUAAACGUUCACAAUUGGAUAAAUAAAAUAGAUAUAGAAUAAUAGCGCAUAGCGGCAAUGAUUUGUCUUUUAAAAAGUCUGAUUUUAGCAUUAUAUUACAGAUAUCUAAUAUAACAGUGAUGAAUUUCAGUUAGUUAACUUUAUGUUCAAUAUUAAAAUCUUCGAAAUUCUGUGCACCCCCACCCCCCUCCCCCCAAGCGAGCAUCCGCAUAUUAUAUAUACAGAAAAAUUUCACAUAUUCAUUUACGAAACGCCGAAACGCGAGUAAAGGAUCAAUACAGGUUAAAAAAUGAAAAGAAGCAUUUGCAAACCUGUACUUCAGCAUUUGCAAAAAGCACAGAUAUAUCUGAAGCAUCACGUAACCAGUUGCUAUUUCAUAACAUAGAGAGUCUAUUUUUAGAUCAUGCAUAUUCAUUUAUUAUAUUAAUCUCUAUUCUACAGUAUCAAAUAUUCAAUGCACGGGUUAGCACUCUAUACGAAUUAUUGUUCCUUGCCAGCCUGCUAUUUAAUAACAUACAUUUCACAAUAGAUUUACGUAAAAACGUACGAACAUACAUUGACACAGAGGCUAUUUGUAAUUCAUAAUUUUAACAUGUCCAAAACAUUGCGGAAUGAUACUAAUUUCACUUGGGUAAUGAUUACAUUUUACUCGGACUUUAUCAUAGACUCCCUGUGUAAAAUCAAAAACUUUUAACUAAAAUAAAGGUAUUAAAUCGAUAUAAUAUUUCAAUGAAAUUUCAAAGUUUUGUUGUUUGUAGCAUCAUCUCAGGCAGUGAAAAAUCUUAAUUUGAUUUCUAAAAUAGGGUGAUAUUUAUGUCUAAAGUCACUAUAUGCGUAAGUCCAAGAUGGCGGCGCCCUACUGGUAUUCGGAUGCCUUUGACAGUACCCUUGUAUCCAUUACCUGCUCAUUCAAGUGUAAAAUGUUGACCAUAAGUGUUUCUUCUCAAAAGAAGGAAAAAUAAAAAAGAUAUAGAAUAAACAAAGAUAUUUCAAUAUAGCUCCAAGUAUGUACAAGUUUAUUGUUUUACUCAACUCGGAUAAAAAGUCAGUGUUAAAUAAAUUUACUAAGCUACGUUUUGUACUAAAGGUAAUGAUAUACUUAUUCUUAAUUGUAUUCCAUGUUAAACACUCUCAUACAUUGCGUGUACGUUUUUGUUUACCUAUAUGCUCUUAUUAUAAAUUUCCAUAUAAUCUGUGAAACUGUAAAUGUAUAUUUUAACAAAGAGCUAUAAAAAUAAAUUUUUAGUUCUUUAAUUUUAAUAAUCAUUUAUGACGAUGAACUGUAAAUGCUUGAGUUCAAAUAAAGUUUCUGUUCUGUUCUGUAUGUAUGUAGCUGUAAAGUCAAGAGUGAAAUAUUGAUUAAUUUCAAUGUAUGUUGGUGUCAGACAACAUUAAUGCUUAUCUCCCGUUUUUAAAUGAUAUAGAAGAUGUUGGGGGGUUUUUUUUAUUGAGUCGGCUAAAGGCUGAAAGCCUUUUGACGAGUCCUUGCUGUUCAGCGAUUCUCUAAGCGGACCGAAUAACACGUGAAGAGAUGUAGUUCCAUUAGAUUUCUCAAACUUCAAACAGUUCACUGCAUGAAUGAAGUUAAGUUGUGUCAAUUCCCUUUGCUAUGACCAAUAUACGAUGUAAUCUGUCAUAUUUAUGACUUGUAAUUGUGCAAUACUCGGAUGUAACUUAUUAAGCAUAAAUGUGCAUUUUAAGAAUUGCGCAGGCUUACAAAGCUUGGGUAACAUCCAGCGAAAGACAAAAAAAUAGUUCCACAGGGCUCCAGAUAAGAUGCGUAUUAGCGUAAAUUACGUAUAGAAAUAAUGCAAAUACGCAUGUCUAAUAAUUUCUAAGCGUAUAAAAACGUAUAUAAAAUUACAGAAACGCACACAAUGCUUU